ACACCACACACAGUACAUAAAGUUCUGUGCUUUGGGUUUAUAUUUUGUUUGUUGAGAAAAUGCCCCAGAAAUUCAUAACAGUAUUCAACUCUGACUGUUACACACAUUGCUUCUACCCAAAGUUGAGAUCACAACUUCAUUCUCCAGAUCGUUUUCCUCGUGAUGUGGGUCUGCUUUCUCUCAUUACUCUCGGCAGUAACAUUUGACUUUCGGGACGCAAUGUGUGUGGCAUCGGUGCUGUGCGUGGUUUUUUUUACUCGGAAAUCACAGGGUUCUCGACCGAGUUUUCUUUUUUUUUCCGUGUUUUUAUUUUGUUGAGUGCUGGUUUUCUGCUUGAUUGGUGGCCAAAAUGGUCGGGGAAGCUUCGUUUUUUCAAUAAUAUAUUUGGUUUUUCAAUCCUGGGGCAUUCUUUAUUCUACCAAAAAAUAAAUGCCAGCUUGUUAUUGUGUAUGACCUCGAGCAGUUUCCGUUUACUUAAUCGGUUUUUAAUUUGGAAUAAUGGAUCCAGGGUCUCUUUCUUCCUGGACUACAGAUUGGCACAAGUUUGAAAAAAAGUGGGGCUUGACUCUUGUGGAUGUUGACGUACUUUUAGCCUUUCCUCCUAGUGUAGGGUUUUUUGAGAAGAGAAAAGUUACUGCAAUUCAGAAAACGAUCACUUUGACAGUUUGACUUGUCCAGCACCAACUUCUGGUAUUACCAUUGUCUGAGUUCUCAAGAGUUCUUCCACAGAAGGAAGAUGAGUUCUAGAAUCCCAUCUCAUCAGCUUAGCAAUGGCCUCUAUGUAUCUGGGAGGCCAGAGCAGCCCAAAGAGAGGACUCCAACCAUGACAUCAACAGCUGUGCCAUAUACUGGUGGAGACAUAAAAAAAUCUGGAGAGUUGGGGAAAAUGUUUGAUAUUCCUGUUGAUGGCUCUAAAUCCAGGAAAUCUGGACCAAUAACCGGUGCUCCUUCACGGACAGGAUCUUUUGGAGGAGCUGGUUCACAUUCUGGACCAAUACAGGCUAAUGCUGCUGCUCGAGCCGCCUAUACCACUUCAGGUCCAAUGACUUCUGGUGGUUCAAGUUCAAUGAAGAAAUCAAAUUCUGGGCCACUGAAUAAGCAUGGGGAACCUGUUAAAAAGUCUUCUGGUCCUCAGUCUGGGGGAGUCACACCAGUUGGGCGUCAAAACUCUGGUCCUCUUACUCCUGUUCUACCUACAACAGGUCUCAUUACAUCUGGACCCAUAUCCUCUGGUCCGCUAAAUUCUUCUGGGGCUCCUCGUAAAGUGUCUGGCCCUUUGGAAGCAACAGGUUCAAUGAAGAUGCAAGGAUCUGCCGCAGUUCACAACCAAGCUGUGACUGUUCUUAGUCAAGGUGAUGAAUAUUCCUUCAGAAGGAAUUUUCCGAAGGCGGUGUUAUGGUUAUUAAUUCUGCUUUUUGUCAUGGGUUUCAUUGCUGGUGCUUUUAUUCUUGGAGCUGUGCACAAUCCCGUUCUCCUUAUUGUAGUUGUGGUUCUUUUUGGCUUAGUUGCUGCAUCUUUCUCUUGGAAUACUUACUGGGGAAGAAGAUCUAUUAUGGGCUUCGUUGCUAAUUAUCCAGACUCUGAGCUCAGAACUGCAAAAAAUGGGCAAUUUGUGAAGGUCUCUGGGGUCGUUACCUGUGGUAAUGUGCCUCUAGAGUCAUCUUUCCAGAAAGUUCCCAGAUGUGUAUAUACAUCAACAGGUUUAUAUGAGUAUCGAGGUUGGGACUCAAAAGCUGCCAAUCCUAAACACCGGCGGUUUUCCUGGGGCCUUAGACUGCUCGAAAGGCGCGUUGUUGACUUCUACAUCUCGGAUUUCCAAUCUGGUUUAAGGGCAUUGGUUAAGACAGGUCAUGGGUCAAGAGUCACCCCUUAUGUUGAUGACUCAGUUCUCAUCAAUGUAAAUCCAACCAAAGAAGAGAUUUCACCAGAGUUUCUCCGGUGGUUGGGAGAGAGGAAUCUUUCAAGUGAUGACCGCAUCAUGCGGUUGGAAGAAGGGUACAUCAAAGAAGGAAGCACAGUAAGUGUAAUGGGGGUGGUUCAGAGGAAUGAGAAUGUGCUUAUGAUUCUUCCUCCACCAGAUCCUAUCACUACUGGUUGCCAAUGGAUCAAAUGUAUUUUCCCAGCUAGUCUUGAGGGUAUAGUGUUAAGAUGUGAAGACGCAUCCAAGAAUGAUGUGAUACCGGUUUAACAGUAGGGUAUGUGAAAUGAGAAUGCUUGUAGCAUCUUCUAAUUGGCCUCCUUAGAUAGUGUUAUUGUAUUCUUUUCCCCUCUGUUAUUAGUGGCGGUGGAAUAUCAUAUUGACAAAUUAUUAUAGAUUAAGAUGCCAAAGUUGUGUGUGUGCUCUUUAUUUUUCACCUUGAAUUGUUGUAUAGUUCUGGUUGUCUUCAUGUUCUUCUAGGCUUUGUAAACUUUGGUAAUGUUUGGUGCAGUGCAAAUUCUUACUUGGACAAGCAUAUUGUGAUUAUGCUAACAACAUGUUAAAUAGAAUACAAUCUUUCUUUGUGUUUGCAAA